AAACAAUAAAGAAGGUUUGAUGAGAGGAGCAAGCUAUAGGCAUUGAUUUUUUUAUUUGGUGUUGAUAAUUUUGUAAUUUUGUUAAAGUUAAAGGUUAAAAUGGGUAUAAGAAAGGAAUGGGAAGGGUGAAAUUGGAAAAAAUUGAAAGAAGAUUGCAUGAGAAAUUGAACCGGUGGUUUUUUUGGUUUCACCGGUUCUACUGGUUUUAUCGGGUCAAUGAAGAUGUUGAUUUGGAUCUAUGAUGUACAUUUUCCAAAGAAAAGGUUUGCUUAUGAGGACCCAGUCUGUUUACAAACCACUGGUGUAGCUUCUGCACAGAGAAAUCCAAACAUGGUGCAACUGGCUCUUGAUAUUGUUAACCAGAUUUCUCAAGACGGUUUGAGCUUGUCCAUAGACAUGCUAAAUUGCAUAUUGCAUGCUCUUGAAGAGAACCAUGAGUGUAAUUUGGUUCGGCGAAUCUAUUCAGUGAUCUGUUGCCAUAACCUUAAGCCAAAUGCUGAGACAUUCAGAAGGAUGAUAAGUUUGAGUGUGAAAAUGAAAGAUUUUGGUGGUGCAUAUGCGAUGCUGAGUGAUUCAAGGAAAAUGAAUGUUAAACCUGUAGCUGGCAUGUAUAAUGCUAUAAUGGCAGGAUAUUUUCGAGAGAAGAAAAUUUCCGCUGGGUUGAGGGUUCUCAAGCAAAUGGAACUUGACAGUGUAAAACCAGAUCCUCAAACUUACAGCUAUCUAAUAGGCUAUUUGAAUAAUUUCAUUUCUGCUGUCUCUUGCAUUAUUGCUACUUGUAUUCUUGUCAUGCUGCAAAUGGUAACGAAGCACAUAUUUAUGUCACUUAUUAAUGCAUAUGCAGCUUGUGGACUGUUUGGGAAAGCAAAACAGGUUCUCUUGGAUGAAGGGAUACCAGUUAAAAGCCUAAAUGAACUCAGAAGUGCUCUCGUCUCUUCUCUUGCAUCAAAUGGGCAAAUGGCUGAUGCCCUAGACACAUGUGAAGAAAUCAAGCAAUCUGGAGGUGAUCUGGAGCCUAGAGCUGUCCUAUCUCUGAUGGAAUGUCUUCAUUCCGAGAGAGACUUGAAUCUUAUGCUUCAACCAUUAGAGGAAUUGAAUGAUCAAGGCUAUUGGAUUGAGGGUUGCUGCAGAGUUAUCUCAUUUUGCGUUAGAAAAAAGCAUCUGAGUACUGCUGUUCAUUUGCUCAAGCAACUCAAGGACAAGUUCUGUUAUGAUGAGUUGGCUGCAGAAGUUCUUUUUGAUGAGGCAUUUGCCAUUAUUGCUGAGGAAGAACCUGCUGAUGUACAGUUUGGCGUGGAUUUACUACAAGCCAUAAAGAGUGACAUAGGCAUUAGCCCUUCACGGAAAUGUCUUGAUUUUAUCCUGAAUGCCUGUGUUAAAGCAAAAGACCUGCAAAGCUCUCUUUUGAUUUGGAAAGAAUAUGAGAUUGCUGGCCUUCCUUAUAAUGUUUUCAAUUUCCUAAGAAUGUAUCAGGCGCUUUUGGCUUGCGGAGAUCACAAGUCAGCAGAGGCAAUGCGAACUAAAAUUCCAAAAAACGAUCCAAAUGUACGGGAUGUCAUCAGAGCAUUCCAAGUGACUUACCCCAAGUCAACAACACCUGCAAAGCCCAACAAGCGGCCGCAGCAGCAAGAGAACAAGUAAAACUGAAAGCAAAACACGAACUUGAACAGAAUAGGAUUCAAAAUUCUUUGUCCUAGAGAAAUCCUCCAGGCAUUUUUUCUUGUAUACUUCCUGUUAGGUCUAGCUCUUUAUUUUUGUAUUUCUGUAGCUGCUGCUUUUUCUUGCCCUCCCUUGUUCACUAAAACGUACGUGUUUAG